CUAAUCUUUUACCACACAGAGCGCGGCAGCAAGUGCAGUGCUACACAUUACAUGCUACCGCGUUAGUGAAGGAAAGACAUUUGUGUAUAAAAUUCAUAAGGACGCAUGGAGGAGUGCGGGAGGGUGACCGGGGCGGGCCCCCAGCGGGAUGAGAGGCGAAAGCGGGUUUUUUUCCCCCUUUGAUCUGUCACGCCUAAUUUGAUACGUUGCCGAUAAAGGCUCACCUUUCAGUUGUAAAUCAUUUAAUGGGGUUGUGUUUAUCAGCAAGGAGUUCUGUUAACGUUAGCCAGCCUUACCCUAUCUGUGAACUUUAGAUCCUUAAUAACGUGGUUGACUCAAACUGCCCCUGCAGGCCAGCCAGUUCGGAGGCGGAUCCAGUGAACGAACAAAAUAAAGUUCCUCGUGCCUAAAUGUUAGGGUUGAAGUGAAAAUUUAUCAAACUUGGCAUAUUUGUUUAAAAGCAACCUUACAGGUUUUAAAAAAUAAAUUUGUACUUGAUAUAGUUGCAGAUUUAAUACCUUUUCUGUAUUUUUUUAAUGAAACGUAGUAUCUGACUCCUAUUAUGUCAGUUUGAUGUAAAAUGCCACCACCUGAUGUGUAUUUGAUUGUAGUUUAAGUUUACUUCAAAUUAUUCAGUAAUUUUAGCCAUGUCCUUAAUGAAUCAGUCGAGAUGCAAAGGACCAUAUGGUCUACCUUUUAUAAUCUUGCAAUCCUAUCUAAUAUGUUGAUUUGGAUUGGUUAUUUUAUUUAAUUGAGGUAGCUGAAAGCAAGCAUUAACACUUUGGGCGAGGUUAGGAAUAUAUAACAGUACAGCACAGGUUGUAUAGGUUGGCCCAAGAUGUGCCAACCUAUACAAACCUAGUCUACAAUCUAUCUAACGCUUCCCUCCUACGUAGCCUGUAACCCUCCUUUUUUUUACAUCCAUGUACUUCUUGAGUCCAGCUUAUAAUUUUCUAGGUGCCAUCCUUUUGGCUGUACUAAUCUUUCUUUAAUUUAUGUAUUGAAUGUUAAUUUGCCACAAAAUGCAGGGUAAAACCAGUUGAUAAGAGCUAAGAACACGGCUAGGGCAAUGGGCCUCUCAGUCCUGCUCUGCCUUUCAAUCAGAUGAUUGCUGAUUUUCUAACUUAGUCCUGUUUUUAAGUCCUCCUAAAUCCUUGAAAAUUUUAACUCCCCAGAAAUCAACUAGAAUCUCAGCUAAUGACUGAACUUCUGUGGUAGAAAUUUCCAAAGAUUCCUCACUCUGGGGUGAAGGGAGUUCAAAACAAAUCGAUCUAGCUGUAUUCUCCAAUAAUGACAUAAAGUUCUUGGAAAUACCCUCCAUGUGUCUGUCUUGAUGUACCCCUUAAGAAUUUUGUAUUUUUCAAUGAAUUAACUUCUGAGUCUUCCGACCUGAAAAAUAGACGUCUAUCUUAUUCAAUCUCUCCUGACAUAAUGGACCUGGCAUGAUAGGAACCAGUCUGGUAAACUUUUACUGCGCUCACCCUAUAGCAAGUACAGUAUAUUCUUUUUAAGAAAGGAGAUUAAAAUUGUACACAGUACUCCACUGUAUUCUAGGCCUUCUAUAACUCCAAUGUGACACCAUUAUUCUGUAAUACACACAAAUGCUGGAGGAACUCUGCAGCUCAGGCAACAGUCAUGAAGAGGAAUGAACAGCCAAUGUUUCGAGCUGAAAUUCUUCAUCAGGAAUCUUCUGAUCACUUGUUCAGUCAAUUCCAGUAUGUCCUUUGCCUUCCUAAUUGUUGUGCUUGCAUGUUACCUAUCAAUUUCUAAUGCAUAAAGACACAUGUUUCCCUUUGAACAUAAAUAUUUCAGACUCUUCAAGUUAAAAAGUACUUAGCAUUUUCACAUUUUAUGCUACUGACCACAUUUUGUCCACUCAGCCUGUCGAUGCCUCAAAUCUAUUUCUGAUCACUUUGUUACUCUCAUUCUGAUUAGUUUUGUAUCUGGAGUACAUGUGGAAAUAUUGCAUUUGAUCCUCCUCACUCAGAUCAUUGACACAACUUGUGAAUAGUUGGAGCCCUGUCAUUGCCAACUAGUUGACAGCUUGCCAACCCAAGAAAGAUCCAUUAACUUUUCCAUUCUUGUUUUCUACAAAUUCUGAAUGUGUCAUUAUAUCACCAUUAUUCCAUGUUAAGCUUGUUUAUCAAGCUUCUGUGUGGGACCCUGAUCUUUAUGAAAAUCCAUUAGUUUCCACUUAUGUGCUCUGCUGGAUAUAUCCACAAAGUCAUACAGACUAACUACAUUAGUCAAAUGCAGUUUCUCUUUAAUAAAUCCAUGUUGAGACUGAAAAAUCGGUCUGAUAUUUUCCAAGCGUCAAUAGAUUCCAGUAUUUUCCCCACCAUUGUUAAUCAGGGUAGCAGUUUGGAAAGUUCCAAUUUGUCUCUCCAUUUCUUAAAUGGUGGCAUCACGUUUGCCACCCUGCUAUCUACAGAAGUUAAAAUCUCUAGAAUUUUAGAUUCUAUAGAAUCUAAAAUAUGUAAGAUAUGUAAGAAUGUAAGAUAUUUAGAGCCAUUAUCUUUAUAGUCAACUGUUUCAAAACUUUGCGAUGAAAAUCUUCAAGUCUGAGGUUACUAGUACUCUGGCUCAUUAUCAUUUCUAGUAGAUUUUUUUUUACUAAUACCAACUUCGCCUAUUUUGCAUUGUGUGAUUCACAUUUUGGCAACACAAAAAAUCCAGUAGGACCAAAUCAGUACUAGUUUUAAUUAAUGAAGUAUCCUCGUUGCUGCUCUGUACUAAAUUGAAUAUAACAGUAUCAUAGGGGACAUUGCAGCAACUUGCCAAGUAAAUGUAAACUCACAUUACAGUAAUAGGUAGCUUGCAACUUAGAUUUGUUUAGCCAUGCUCGGACAUGAGAUGAUUCCAUUAUAUUUUCAGCACAGGAAAAGAAAAUGCUAUGAAUACUCAACAGACCGUACAAUGUUUGUGUUAAGAUUAAUCUUACAAAUCAGUGACUUUUUUAAAAUUAGGACUGAUUCAUGCUUCCAGUUCUGAUGAAUGGUGGUUGAUUAGUUGCUGCCUGGUCUGAGUAUUUUUGGAAGUUAGUGUUUUGCAUUUCCUCUAGUAUAUUUUUGGUGUGUAGAUUUGAAUAUAGUUUUCUUUCAAAUAAUGCAUUGAUUGUGCUGUGCUUAAAACCUAUAGUAAUUUGUUGUGGAAGUCACAUUUAAUAAAUCACUUUUUAAGAAUUAUUUAAUUCUUAUAGUAAUCUUGCAGAAAUAAAGUUUUGUAUAGUAUAAAUGGAGAGCAAUAGUGAUUAGGGAGUCAAAGUGGACUUUUCAUACUGUGUAUGUUUUGUAUAUAACAACCCAAUGUUGCAUCCAUUUCUGUCUUCUAAUUAACAGGCCAAUGAAAGGAAUGCUUGCUAGGUCCUGGGCUGUUUUGUUGGAAUGCAGAGAAUAUUUGUUAAGAAAAAUGUGAUAUUGGGGGUAUAUAAAAAUAAGGCUCUUAGCUAGCACCUCUGUUAAAAUCAUUUGAAUCUGAAAACUAUGCAAGUUCUUUGUUCAAAAUUAGGAGGAAUUUGUUUUAAAACUGUCAAUUCUGAAUUGAAAAUAAUUACUUCUCAAAACAAAAUUUUAUUCUAUAGUAAAUCAACAUAUGUAAAACUAUUCAAUCUUAAGUUUUUGGUUGUCAUUUGCUAUUCUGAAUUUUGUCUCUAGAAUUAACUUUAAUCAGACAGAUUUCAAACUAAUUGAAAGAUUUGAAAAAUUGUCUAUUUUUAAAUUUAACAUCACUGGAACAUAUGUACGCUGCUGGACACUGAAAAGUAAGACCAAGAUUCACAAAUGUAGAAAAUGAAAUUUCUUGAACUGUGAAUCUGUUUAUCCUGGUAUUGAUUUUGGCCACCAGUUAUUUUAGGAUUUGCCAAUGUGGCUAAAAUGUUAUAUCCCAACGCCGCUUAAAAUGUUAACACCAGAAAAUCUACAGUUUGGAAAGUACUUGGUGAAUGUGUAUUCAUUGUGGACCUUUUGGUCUACUAAAAUCUGUACUGUUUUGGUCCUGUGAAUUUUUUCUGGGGUCCAAGAAACAGGAGCACUGGAUUAAUCCUGCCCUGAAACUGAAAUUUAGAGUCUAUCCAUCUAUGAAAUGGUUUUCUAGAGCCUGCAUCUACUAUAUCUGACAAACAGUGGAAGAGACUGCUGGUUCAGUCAAUGCACACCCACAGAAGCUCCUUAAAUGCUUAUUGAGGUUGCUGCAAUCGUCAAAGUGCUCGAUAAAAGUAUCUCAUCUUGUAAUGAAGGAGAAAGUUCAAGUCGAAAUGCAGAGAAAAGAGCAGCUAACGAAAGAGAUCAAGACGACUCAGCUGCUGGGGAUACAAACAACAAACCCACGCCUGCAAAAGUCUCAAAAGUUGGAUUUUCCAUAGGAAGUACAACUCUAAAGAAGCCAGCCCCAAUAUCCAUCAAAUUAGGAGCAAAUAAACCAAAAGAAAAUCCACCUGUCCUAGCUCCAAAGAAGCCUUCAGUUGCUGCAGUCUUUAAUGAAGAUGAUGAUAGUGAGCCAGAAGAAAUGCCCCCAGAAGCAAAAAUGCGCAUGAAGAAUAUGGGAAGGGAAACACCAACAUCAGCAGGACCAAAUUCUUUCAACAAAGGAAAACAAGGAUUUUCUGAUAACCAGAGGUUAUGGGAACGGAAAAUGAAGAGUCAGCUGCGAAAUUUUGCAGAUGAUGACUAAAAUGACCAGAGUUGAAUGCGAUGGGGGAUAUGGAAUAGAAAUUUAGGGAUUAACAUAUGUUUAAAAUCCCCCAGAUUGCUUUGGAAUGGAAACCAUUCAAUGAUGGGUGUAUAAUGUAUACUUAAAGACUUUCUCACUAUAAAUUGUAAUGAGUGCAAUGUGUUUAGUAAACAUUGAUACAAGUGGCAGAAUACUUCAACAUAAUUUGACACUUAGAUCUUGUCAUAUUUCAAAGCUACCACUGAUAUUUUUAGUGAUGCGGUGUGCUGUUUGAUUUGGAGUGCUAUAAAUUAACAUCUGUUCCUAUUAGUACCUAAAAGGAAGAGUUUAAUUUUCACAUUUGAAAAGUUCAUGGUCAUUAAUUGCCUAGCUGCAGAGAAUAGUUUUAUGCUUCAUAUUGGGGAGGGGUAUUUUUGUGUUGAGCACAUUUUAAAUUGUGCAAGUACUUUAAAAAAACUACCCGUAAAGUGUUUAUAUUUCCCAGUGCAACAUUAUUCCCCAGCAAAAGGAUUGGCUACUGAUACAGUCCCAAGUUGUGUGUACACCUCGUGGGAAUAGUUUAACUUUGCCUUGUGAUGUGAAACAUGAAAUCACCAAGUAUUGGAAUGACAAGAAAAUGUGCGGAUUUGUUCUAACACGCACCAAAUCCAAAUUAUUUUCAGUAGAAGUCAUCCUUCACAAUACAUAUAUAAAUUAGCAUGUGACUGACCUGUUAAAGAGUAUGGUCAUCAUUCCAAAUCUCAUAAGAAAUGUAUUCAUUGAAAGUAGUUACCAAGCAAUUGGAUGUGCAGAAGGAUUAGCAAUUUUAUGCCACACAUUAAAAGUUAAAAUAACUGAUUGUGAUUGUAACCACAUGAAUCAGUAAGCCUUAACCUUGCUGGAUUUUUUUUACUCUCCUAGCCUCUGCAUUCCAGAGUUUAGAAUUAGUUCUGUUGAGCAACUGCAAUAAAUUGUAAAUUUCAAAGCAGAAUGGAGUUACCGAUCCAGUGUACUACAGGAUAUUCACCUCUUAACUCAAACUGAUAAACGCUUAGAACACUCUGAGCUCUGGCUCUUAGCUAAGUCUUUUGCUGUAUUCCGUUCUUUGGUAUUAUGUCAGGAAUUCUCGUAUCUUUAGACUCGCCAUUUAUAAAGCCUAUCAAAGCUAAUCACUAAUUUGCUUCAUUAAUAGAAUUCCUGUUUUCUUCCCUCCCAGCUUAGCUUUUACAGUUGUAUAAAUCUGGCAGAAAUAUGAAUAAUAACAUUCAAUGGAAAGUGCUUAAACCUAAAUGCUGUUAAAUUGAUUCAGUGCUUGUACAUAAAGAAGUAGUUAUUAAUUUUCCAAUCUUUGUCAUUAGUCUGGGCCAUUAGGACUUUAGCCGAGUUUUAAAAAAAAGCUUUCCAUUUAAUCUGCCUUCAGACUAUUUUUGUUUGAUUGACUUCAAUGUUUAACAUUGUAAUUGGAGAAUCAUAGAUGUCUCCCUUUACAACUGUAUAUUAGAGGCUAUAGACACUUCCCGUUUCACACACUAUGUCUAGGAUUCUGUAAAUAUUAAAUGUAGACAGCUUUAUUCAUGCAAUAAUCUUUCUUGUUAAAAAUAAUCUUAGUGAUUUAUACCUGAAAAUGAUGCUGUAAAUGGCUCAGUGUAAGAAAUACUUUGCACAAUGGGAGGUUCACUGUGAUGUCCAAAAUUGAUAUUGCUGAGAAAAUUGCUUCUCUACAUAUAAAAGUAAUCCAAGCUUAAGAAAGAUUCUUAACCUUAUUUCAUUAAUUUAAAAAGCACAGUUAGCUUAGUUUUCAUUGUCUCUGAUCUCAGAAACCUAAUAAAGAUAACAAAGUUUUUGCUGUUGGCUCUGUAAUUGAUAGUAUCGCCUAAGAUAGAGACUGUGAACUCUUCAUUGCAUUUUGGUAGAUCAGAGGCAGUAGCUUGAUAAAUGUGAUGGUGGCAUUAAAAUUUUUAUAGUGUCAUUGAAUAAUAAGGAAGAAUCUUUUGCUGAUUUCUUAUCCUUCCCACAAAGUGUCUUUUGAUGUGGCAAAAUGGCAUAUAGGGAAUAUCCUAGGCGAGUGCGCUUUGCUCGCUGACCAAGCUGCCACCAUUCAGCAGACUUGCAUAUGAAGUUGAGUUGUGGCAGAGUUCCAGAGACUUAGAAAGGCCAUGCCUUUUUGCACAAAUUAUUUUGUGUUUUUUACCGGGGGGGGGGGGGGGGGAGAGAAAUGAAAUUAACAGGAGUAAAAAUCAAUCCUUUAGUGCAAUUAUUUGUGUUGCUCUGGGUGUUUCUUUAAAUUGAGUAACUUAGUUACACUUCUGUUAAAUAUCUUAAAUUUAUAUUUUUUCAAUUGAAAAUGACAAUUUCAUUUUAAACAGAAGCUCUACAUAGUUAAUGUUCUACAGGUAUCUGUUUUGGCUGAUUUCAAUGGAUGACUCUCAUGGACCCUUUAUGUAGUUGACGUGUCAGUGUGAGGCCUAGAGACUGUUAGCUGUGAAGCACACCACAGUUCAGGAGUUCACUAUUGAACCUUGUGCAAGACUUGAGAAAGGAAGUAGGAGUCUGCUACUUUUUUCCUUGUGAAAGAAAGUAAAACCUGACCAUAGCAUGAAUAACUAUGAACUUCUUGCAUAUCUGGCUAAACCAUUGUCGUAGAUAUAAAGGGAACACACAGGCAAGUAUAACAAUCACUCCCUGUAGAAUGUCGAGGCUUGGAUUAGGUAACCAAGCUCAACAAGGAGGGGGGAAAAAUUGGGUGAGAAAGAACGGGGUUUUCUUAUUUGGCACCUUUUAAAAGAAAUCAAUUAGUUUUGAAGCAUUAAAAGUGGUAGAAUAUGCGGUUCUACUGCAAUUUUUUAUUUUGCUUUCACAGUGAGUUUGUGUCAAAAAAACUUUCUUAUCCAGUCAAGCACAAAAGCUGUUCAAAAAAUUAAAUGGCAUUGCUCAUUUGGAUACAAUCUUUUCAAAUUGGUACAUCUGGGCACAGGAACUUCAUUGCUACAAAAUACAUUGACUAUACCUUUUAUUGUUGAUUGCUUACAUUAUUAUUAGCAGUUUGAGCAUGCUGCUUAAACAGUUGGAAAGCAGUUUUAUAUAAGAGACUGUAACCGAGAACUAAAAAUGAUGUUUGUGUAAUUUAUCCAACUUACUAUGUAUGUAGUGUUGAACCACUCAUCCUUUGUCUGUGGUACUGUGCUGAGCAUAGAUUAUUUCAGAGCUUUAUCAAAUCAUAAGUUUGCCUCAUAGACCACCUUGAUUGAUUUAGAAUGAUGGGAGAAGUGUGGUUGAUAUACUUUUGUCUUCCCUUGUUCUCCUGACCUGCCACUCUCUUUUAAACCUCAGCAGGCAAUAGGUAAAUAGACUAGAGGGUUUUUCUAUCCUUUAAUUACAUUUCAUUUUCAAAUAACCUAAUUCAGAAUUGUAACAAAUAUGGAAAUCAUUCUACGUACAAGGCAUGUAAUAGAAACUCUUCCUUUCACCGAAAGCAGGGGGAGUUUUAAAGUAUCUCCCUAAUAUACCUCUAAAUUCUAAAAAGUGCUUAUUUAAAAAGCAUUCAUGGUAAACAAUAUUCAAAAAAUAUUUUUGUACAUUGUGAUUCUUGAUGAUCACAUUUUAUUUUGUAUAGUUUUUUCAUUUUACUGUUAGUAUGCAGAAUAUUUUAAACUUGGCUGCCAAUGGUGAUUGGAAACAAUGGUAAAUGAGCAACUUGUUGAACAUGCUGUUUUGUUACAAAUGGUCACAGCAUGUUUAAAAAUUAUCCUUGCCUUGACACGUUAAUCCCAUUAUUUGCCUUCAAUUAUUUCUUCUAUCUCUAAAACAAUAUAUAAUUUUUUGAUUAUUGGGACAGUCAAAGUGGUGAAAUGAUUGCUAACAUAUCAAGACUGUCCUUUCUCCCUGUGGUAAUUGUACUCUCCGAUGGCCAAAAUGAAUUAACAAUAAAUCACAGGUGCAGGAGCAGACUAUGUGCAGGAUUUGAAUUUUAAAGCUUGCUGUGUAUUUUCAGAUGUUAGAAUUGUUUUCCUUCAUCUAAGUUUUGUGCUGUAUAUUAAAGAGAAGCUUUUUGUCUGUUUACACAUGAGGUUCUUUUGUUAAGGAAAUGUGAUUUUUAUUUGUCCUGAAUAUGUCAGAUUUUGCAGGUUGGGCAGGGAAAAUAAAAUGCUUUCUGGAUCAAUAA